AUGUCCACUAGUACCAGCAAACCCCGUCUGUACUACAUGCUGGAGUCGCCGCCCUGUCGCACGGUGAUGGCCAUCGCCCGACUGAUCGGCGUCGAGCUGGAGCUGAAGCGAGUCGACCUCAGCAAGAAGGAGCAGCUCAAUGAGGAGUUUGUCAAGGUGAACCCCUUUCAUGUGGUGCCCACGCUGGAGGACAGCGACGGCUUUGUGGUGUGGGAGUCGCGGGCCAUCGCCGCCUACCUCAUUCNGGUGCCCACGCUGGAGGACAGCGACGGCUUUGUGGUGUGGGAGUCGCGGGCCAUCGCCGCCUACCUCAUUCAAUCGAGAGGCGGCAAGGAUAAUCCAAAGGCUGAAGAGCUCUACCCGUCCGAGCUGAAGAAGCGCAUCACCGUCGACAAGUUUCUGCAGUACGACCUGGGCACACUCUACCGAGCUAUCUCCGAUGUCGUGUACGGCAUCUUCACCACCGGGCAGCUGAACGCCGAGAAGGUGCCCCGACUGGAGGAGGUGCUGAAGACGCUGGAGUCCUACAUCAGCGGCUCCGGGGGCCCCUUCCUGACCGGCGACCAGGUGACGCUGGCCGACGUCAGCAUCAGCCUCUCGCUGACGAUGCUCGACCUGGUGCCGCCGGUGGACCUGGCCGCCAGCUACCCGGCGGUGGCCGCCUGGAACGCCAAAGUGGAGGGCGGCACGCUGAAGGCGGUGAACAAGGACGGCAAGUUCACCGAGGCGCGCGCCAACAUGAAGGCAUACGCGCAGAUGCUCAAGGAGAAGGCGCUCAGCGGUGCUCACUAA